AUUGUGGGAAAGGCGGGAGACAAGAUGGAGUUGACGGGAGACGUCAGCGGCACUUCCUCCCGAAAACCCACCGUUAUCCGGCGCGGGACGGCAGGCCCUGGCCGUCCUGCCCCGGCCGCCCCCAGCAGACCAGCCCCGGCACCUCCACGCCCACAGCCUGCUGCCAGGACAUCAGUACCAGAAAGAACAGAUUCUACAAAACGAGAUGCAGCACCAAAGCCACUGUCCAGAAAACCAAGUGUUCCUCCAGCCAGUAAACCUAAACCUGCAGCAGGCAAACGGAAACUAGAAAUCACCAUAGUGUCAGCCCAGCCCAUGACGUCCAGCCAAAUGACGGCCUUCAACACGGGAGGAUCCGUACCUCCUUCCUCUACCAGCACAAAUAAACCCACACAGGAACAGGCCAACACUGCGCCCAAGAAGAAAUCCGCACCCCCUCCCAAACCCCCUCCCCCCUCGCGCCCUCCCCCACCUUCUGUAAAGUCUUCCACUGGAGGCAAGCCAGGUCCAACCAUUUUGAGACCGAAGCCUGUGACCAACAAAGGCAAACCUGCGCGCCCUCCUCCUGCCAGUAAAAAGGUUCCCAAAGACAAGCCGCCCAGUUAUAACGAAGUCCUGAAGGAGAUCCACCGGGAGUCCCCCCAGACAGCUCUGCUCUUGGCUGAACUGGGUCCCAACUUCAGCAUGACGCCAGCUCCCCAGCCCCAACCCCCGCGCCCUGCCACCUGGUCAACCUUCCCCCCAGAGGAACACACUCAGACCGGCUGGGCAAGCUUCGACGACGACACGGUUCCCAAAAGUUCGGAGCCUCCCUCCGUGCCGGCCCCACCUCUACCGUCUACCAGGCCCAGAAAAGCGUACAAACACCCGGGAAAGACGUCGGCGGAUUCUUCGCGAAGCGGCUCGCCCGCCAACGAGUUGGAGAGUAUCGAGAACGUGAAACCGCCCGUCCCGACGCAAAGGCCUCUGUCUCUGGAUAGUACGUCUUCAGAGUCGAGUUCGGGAAAGGUCCCGCCGCCCGUUCCCUCCACCAGGCCCCAGAAGAGAGCCAGCAUAAGUAGUGUCAGUAGUGCAGGGUCGGAGGUGUUAAGCUAUGGGCUGCCUGAUGUUAUACCAAAGGGAGGGACUGAAGAGGACACUUCGGGAAGUGGAACAGAACAGAAGAAGGCUGUUCCCGGCACAAAGAAAAAGGCACCACCAAGGGAGAGUUCCAGUAGUGUUUCAUCUGGUAAAGCAGACAGUCAGGGUGGAUCGGAGUGGAAGGCACCACCUCUUCCCAAACGGCCUGGUCCUGGACACCCGCUCUUCCACUAUCUGGCAUCUGACGCACAUGGGAUCGCUCAGUUUGACUAUGAAGCCGCUCAAGAAGAUGAACUUUCCUUCAAAGCUGGGGAUGCCAUCCUCCUGAUAGAGAGAGUGAAUGCUGAUUGGUUGUUAGGGAGGGUAGGGAGCAACAAGGGCCUCUGUCCUCAAAGCUUCAUCAAGGUCAUCAUACCACUACCUGGAGAUUGCCAGGACGGCACGCAAAUGGCUCCUGGCAGUGGGCCCAGGGCUGUUGCUCUCUACGAUUUCGAACCAGGUCAGUCUGAUGACCUGGGCUUCAAGAAGGGAGAUACCAUUUUCCUGUUAGGGAAGGUGGGGGCAGACUGGUACCGAGGGAAGUGUGGGAAGAAGGAGGGAAUGUUCCCAGCUACUUACGUCAAUGUAGUGGAGGACCUGCCCUGGAAACAACCGGCUCAAGAAAAGGCUGACACAAUCGGGGGGCCUCGCUGCAAGGCAAGAUUCGACUUUGAAGGGGAGAGCGAGGGCGACUUGUCCUUUGAAGAGGGUGAUGUCAUCAGUCUUCUGGAGAGGGUCGGAGAUGAAUGGAUGAAGGGAGAGCUGAAGGGGAAGGCUGGGAUCUUCCCUCUGUCUUUUGUAGAGGUGGUCGAGAAUCUGCCUAUCGACACAGUCACUGCUUCUAGUGAUGGAGCUGUAGUGAAUGUACUGUAUGAUUUUGAGGGAGAAAAUAAUGAUGAACUUUCUGUAAAGGCUGGGAACAAGUUGAAAGUUCUCAGUAUCGUCAGUGCUGAUUGGCUGCUUGGAGAAGUGGAUGGGAGGCAGGGCAGGUUCCCAGCAUCCUUUGUGGACCAGAUUCCCUCCAAUGUCCCAGCAGCACCAACCGAACCAUCAGGGAAUGAGACACAAGGUCCCUCCCAGUACAUCGCAAAGUAUGACUUUGUCGGCCAGAGUGAAGGGGAGCUGUCCUUCAAGGCCGGGGACAGGAUGUCACUCAUCAGUGAGCUCGAUGCUGAUUGGCUGACAGUGAUGAUUGACAGGAACGAGGGCGUGGUUCCCAGAUCCUAUGUGGAGCCUGCAGGAGGUGGAGGAGAUGAUGGUUCCAGGCCCAGCGCUGUAGUGCUGUAUGACUUUGAGGCAGAGCAAGAGGAUGAACUUUCAUUGAAGGAAGGAGAGGAAAUUUUUCUGAAGGAAGUGUUUGAUGAUGAUUGGCUGGUAGGAGAGGUCAAAGGUCGCAUGGGCCGGUUCCCAGUCGCCUUUGUCCAGAUCAUCACACCUUUACCCUGAUUGGCGGCUGUCAAUCAACUACAGUAAGGCCUCACUGAUUUAAUUUUAUGGAUGACAUCCUCUCAAGACCCCCAAACUAGUGCGCGCA